GGCUGUUGCAGAAACAUGAGUGUGCAGACGGACUCGGAUAAACGGAAGCAGAUCUCCGUGCGGGGGAUCGUCGCUGUGGAGAAUGUAACUGAAGUGAAGAAGGCGUUCAACCGUCACGUUCACUACACAUUGGUGAAGGAUAGAAAUGUUGCGACGCCCCGGGACUACUACUUUGCUCUUGCUCACACGGUCAGGGACCACUUGGUCUCCCGCUGGAUUCGAACCCAGCAGUAUUAUUAUGAAAAAGAUCCCAAGCGUGUGUACUACCUCUCUCUGGAGUACUACAUGGGCCGGUCUCUCCAAAACACCAUGAUCAACCUGGGUAUCCAAGGUACAGUAGAUGAAGCCCUGUACCAGUUGGGUUUGGACAUUGAGGAACUGGAAGAAUUGGAGGAAGAUGCAGGUCUGGGUAAUGGAGGUUUGGGCCGUUUAGCUGCCUGCUUUUUGGACUCAAUGGCUACUUUGGGACUUGCUGCAUAUGGUUAUGGUAUAAGGUACGAAUACGGAAUCUUCGCUCAAAGGAUCGAAAAUGGUGAACAACAAGAAGAUCCCGACGACUGGCUGCGGUACGGCAAUCCAUGGGAGAAGGCACGGCCUGAAUUCAUGAUCCCUGUCAACUUUUACGGACGUGUAGUUGACACCCCCCAGGGCAAGAAGUGGGUUGACACGCAGGUGGUAUUUGCGAUGCCGUAUGACAACCCUAUCCCUGGUUAUCAAAACAACGUAGUGAACACCCUACGCCUUUGGUCCUCAAAGAGUCCCAUCGAUUUCAACCUUAGAUUCUUUAACUCCGGAGACUAUAUACAGGCAGUGCUGGACAGGAAUAUAGCUGAGAAUAUUUCCCGAGUCUUGUACCCCAAUGACAACUUCUUCGAAGGAAAGGAGCUGCGUCUACGACAGGAGUAUUUCAUGUGCGCGGCUACCCUCCAGGACAUCGUUCGCAGAUACAAGGCGUCAAAAUUUGGUUGCCGCGACGCCGUACGGACUUCCUUCGACCAUCUCCCUGAUAAAGUGGCCAUCCAAUUAAACGACACUCAUCCAGCGUUGGCCAUCCCCGAGUUGCUCAGGGUCUUGGUCGAUAUCGAGAACGUCCCAUACGACGAAGCCUGGAAGUUGGUCGUCAAGUGUUGCGCCUACACUAAUCACACCGUUCUCCCCGAAGCUCUAGAAAGAUGGCCGUGCUCCAUGAUACAAAACGUACUGCCAAGGCAUAUGGAGCUGAUCUACUUGAUUAACUUCAACCAUCUCCAGGAUAUUGAGAAGCGCUGGCCUGGUGACUUGGACCGCAUGCGUCGCAUGUCCUUGAUCGAAGAGGAAGGCGAAAAGCGAGUCAACAUGGCGAAUCUUUGCGUCGUCGGUUCUCAUGCCGUCAACGGUGUAGCGGCUAUACACUCUGACAUUCUUAAGGCUACAGUCUUCCGUGACUUCUAUGAGAUGUGGCCGGAGAAGUUCCAGAACAAGACCAAUGGUAUUACACCUCGUCGUUGGCUGUUGCUCUGCAACCCUGGUCUUUCUGACCUGAUAUGUGACAAAAUAGGCGAAGAAUGGACCGUGCAUUUGGAUAAACUGCAAGAGUUAAAGCGUUGGGCGAAGGAUCCGGCUUUCCAGCGCACUGUUAUGAAAGUAAAACAAGAUAAUAAACGUCGUCUUGCGUCGUUGAUUGAGAGGGAUACUGGAGUGAAGAUAAACCCGGCGUCGAUGUUCGAUAUCCAGGUGAAGCGUAUUCACGAGUACAAAAGGCAGUUGCUCAACAUUCUGCAUGUGAUCACUCUGUACAACAGGAUCAAGCGCGAUCCCAGCUCUGUGGUCACUCCUAGGACGGUAAUGAUCGGCGGCAAGGCUGCCCCUGGAUACUACAUUGCCAAGCAAAUUAUCGCUUUGGCAUGUGCUGUAGGCAACACCGUGAACAAUGAUCCUGACGUCGGCGAUAAGCUGAAGCUGAUAUUCCUCGAAAAUUACCGAGUGACUUUGGCCGAGCGAAUUAUGCCUGCUGCUGACCUCAGCCAACAGAUUUCGACUGCUGGCACUGAGGCGUCAGGUACAGGCAACAUGAAGUUCAUGUUAAACGGAGCUCUAACCAUCGGCACAAUGGACGGUGCCAAUGUCGAAAUGGCCGAAGAAGCUGGGGAACAUAAUCUGUUUAUCUUCGGCAUGAGGGUUGAUGAUGUGGAAGCUCUUAAGGCUAAAGGUUAUAACGCAUACGAAUACUACGAGCGCAAUCCAGAACUCCGUCAGUGCAUCGAACAAAUCCGCAGCGGUUUCUUUUCCCCCGACGCACCGGGCAAGUUCUCGCACAUCGCGGAUGUGCUGAUGCACCACGACCGUUUCUUGCACCUCGCUGACUUCGACUCUUACAUGGAGGCCCAGCAGAAGGUGUCCGAUGUUUACCAGAAUCAAGCGAAAUGGGCGGAAAUGGUCAUAGAAAACAUCGCGUCGUCCGGCAAAUUCUCUUCGGACCGCACCAUUGCAGAGUAUGCACGUGAGAUCUGGGGCGUCGAGCCCACCUGGGAAAAGCUGCCGGCGCCUUUUGAAACUGUCUAAAUUAUUAACAACAAACCAUACAUCAUUUAGAUAAAUUGUUACCUAAAAGUAAUUUCUAAGAGGGUGUCUAGAUAUCUGUGUAAAAUUUAACUUCUGAAGCCCAAUAGGACUAUACAAAGCUCACUAGGUCACUAUUUUAACGAUCAUGGUCUUCUGUAGAGCAAUAUUAAACAAGAUCAAAGAGUACAUUGGGCAUCUUUAAAAUCUGUCUGGCUAAUGUCGCAAAAAACCAUCGGGUAGUUUUAUUCCCUAUUGUGAAGAAAGUCCUACAGAUAUUUAUCACUGUUCUGCACUGGUCGUUGAGGAGUGUUUUUUCUAGAAACUCAUAAUAAAUAGAUAGUAAUUUAUAAAAUAGUAAACUAAAAAUAUAAUUGUUCGCACUCAUAUAGUGUGUUAAAAUAACAUCUCGUAGUCAAUUGCUUUCAAUAUAACUGAAAAAUGCAUAACUCGGAAACAAUAGCAAUAUUAUUUUAUUCAAAUGCCGUCACCGUCAAUAUUACGAUACUCGUAAUAUUAUUUAAUAAAGUCCUCGCCAUAGUAGUGCUCUGACAUAUGUGACACUGUGGUACCAACACCUAAUACAAUGUCAUAAUAAUAACUAUUGACUUCGUACGCACUAGUGGUACUACGGAAAUGUCAUAACGGGAACAGAUAUCAAAAGUAAAUCUUAGCGGAAACGUAAGAGGAUACUACUAUAAAGAUCUCAACGAAAUAGUUCCAAACACUUGCGUUAUAAAAGUCGCGGAAGCAGAAACGGAAACAGGUGUUCAAAAACGUGCGGAAAUUCCGCUGUUGAGGAAGCAGAAGCAGGCGAUUUAUUAAAAUAGUAAUUAACUUACUACGAUAGAUAGGUAGGCUCCACGAGCGCGAGUUGUGUUUUUAUUAAACCACGUGUACCGCGCAAUGUCAAUAUAUUUUAAAUUACUACUUAAAUAGGAAGACGAAUCAUUAUAUAAUUUACAGCUCUGCGUCUUGAUUUUGAAUCGACCCGAUCGGGUAAUCUCGAAAUCAGAUGGGUUUCUGAGCGAGAAGAUGAACCUGAUUCCUACCAUAUCUUUCUAAUUUGUGAGUUAAAUCAACUAUUGUUCCGAUUAGAAAUGUCAAAGUUUCCGAUCGGCCAAUUGUGAAUCGCAAUUAUGCGCGUCGACUCGGAAAAGACGCAGUUUCCAAUCGGGAGAGGCAAUCAAAAUCAAGCUGCUGUCUUUCUCGUUAAUUUUAAAGGGUCUACAGAUCGAAACCGCUGAUCCGGCGACUCAGGCAGCUUGGUGUCGGCGGCCUUAUUUUUAAUCUUAUCCUAUGACAUGAUUCUAGAAACAAGGCUGCAGAUACCAUCCCCUUGAAAUGACAUUUUAAGAAAAUAUCCCAAUAUUGUCUUCCUUGUUUGUAUUUCUCUCUAGUUCUAUUCCUUAAUUGUCAACGUUCAUAAAAUUAACUUUGACUGAACAUCGUUUGCAAUCGCAAAUGCACACGAAUAUUUUGAAAAAGUUAAGUCUUAUUACGAUUUUGAUGCGCACAUUAAAGUAACCUUAAGGUAUAGUUAUUCAGUGGAAAUUGUGGGACAAAGAGUAAUAAUAAUCCUCAAGUUAUAAACUGAGAUCAGAAUAGACAAAGUACAUUUAUCUAAACGUCAAGUCAUGGAUAACCCGGAACGAUUAAAAAAGGAGAAAAGAAAUUUGUUGAAUAUGAUUUUUACUGUGUCGUAAUAUUUAUAGUUAGUUAUAAUUUUUUUGCGCAAAUGCUUCACUAGUUUAUUAUUUAUUGUUAUUGUAUAAAGAUCGAACAACAUAAAGAAAAAAUCCUCUAUGUGACUGGAGCCGAGCCAGUGCUGGCUACCACACCGAGGCCACGACUCUUACCAACUAAACUGUCGACAAAGUUAGCAGAUCUUGGAAAUUUCUCUGUGUGCCUGUUGCAGAUUUUUUUAAUGAUAUCAGUGACGGGACGAACAUGUCGUGCGCCUGUUGGUAAACGACACGCCUAACCAUAACAGUUACAGUGCCACUCAGAGUGUGUAGUGCGAAAAUUGUAAGUUGGAAGAAGAAUAGACGAAAAGUGGACUGUAAUUUUAGCUGGUCGGACAAAAUGUAAAUAGUAAUAUUUUUGGUCUAUGAUGACCAUAUAAAUCCACCACCUUUAAUCUCCUUUAGGCUCCGCGUAUGAGGUGGUGGAUGAUGAUGUCACCGCUAUUCGUUGCCUUUAUACCUACUUUUUGGAGCUCCAAAGGUCCACCGUCACAAUCAGUCACCAGUAGACACCAACACGACACAAAACAGUCAGUAAUAAAAAUGACGGAUGUUUGAGAAGAAGUGCACAUAAAAAAUCACUCGGUCGAGCCCGAAGUCGAGAGAGUUCUGGCGGGCGGCCUCCCGAACCAAUAAAAGAAAAAAUGCAGGUGAGAUUAUAUUGCGAUCCGGCUUAUUAAAACUACCUACAUAUUGUCCGAGCGUAGACUAUUGAGAGUCAUGUUUUAAGGAUGUAUACACAUUUACGAACACCGCCCACCGUUAAAAUGCAAUUUUAACCAUUAUUAAAAUAAUAAAAGAAAGAAAAAACGAAAAGAAAAUUAAAAUAAAAAGAAGAAAAAAUUAAGAACAACAAAAACAAAAAUUAAAAAUAACAACAUUCAAUCUGAAAAUUUCUAAAUCAUUAGGAUCCAUACUUAAAGGGCAAAGAGAACGCGAAUUUAAAAUAACUUCGAUCUGUGUCAAAACCGUUACUUAUUAAUAAAUUUGUGGCUCGUCUGUAGGGGAGAUCCGCCAGAGACUAAGUUGGUAAUUUAAAAGUUCGUCAGUGAUUAAAAUCUGGUGUUACAUCUGGCGCAUGUCGCUGGUGAAAGUUAUUUCAUGGAGCGAAAGUUACAAAUGAGAUCUCCAACCUCCUUUUGCAAUUUGGGUCCAAUAAGUUGAUAAUCGUUUAAGGAAUCUCCUUUACUUGUUGGUGCCAAAGCAUCGAAGACAGUCCUCAACUUAGUGGUUGAGCUCGAUGGCCUAAAAAUGCCAUGAUGCGGGAUGAAAUAAUGAUUUCCCUUAAUCUCCCCUGAAACGAGUUCCAUGUGACCAGAUUUUAAGUAGUCUUCCAUGAAAUCAAAAUAUAGAUUACGAAUUAGAAAUUGCUCAUCGCUGGCAAAACGGCGCUCCAUCGAAAUUAAGCGCAUGAACGCUAAAGAACGCGAUUCGCCUAAUGAGGGUUUACCAUCCCGAAAUGGAAAUGAGACAACGGAUUUGCCUGAUUCUAGCCAUUUGUGCGUUUGAACGAAAAUUUCUUCACAUUGCUGAUCUUCAGCGGACAGAACAGAUUUUUCUGGGACCGAUUCAAUCUCCCAGAAUUGACGAAUAGCUUUGUGAAGACUCUCAUCUUGGCUUGAAACGAUCAAUGACGAAAAUUGUGCAUUGUAAUCUUUAGUAAUAAGAAGCCAUCGAGUAUAUAACCAGAAAUAAGAGACGAAAUAAGGGCCAUAUAUUCCUGGUAACACAUUAGCUAUACAGCUGUUAUAAAUAUCAACUCCCGUUUGCACUAAAAUAUAGACGAGCCAACUACUGACUUGUGUGUACGUCUCCGUAUAUUCCAAAAAAUAUUCUGUAUUUAUUCUAAUAAAGAUAAUAACUCUAACAAUGCCGCGCUGUUCUGUUCGGUGGUGUGGGGAAAACCAGCAAAACAUCUAAUUACAAAACAAACGGAAUCACAUUUCAUCGGUAAUUAAAUAUUAAAUAUGUAAUUUUGCAAUUUUCGUCCAUAACAGCAAAGCUCAAG